UGAGAGCUGAGAGCUGUGCUACCACACAGAGAGAGAGAGAGCGAGAGAGAGAGAGAGCGAGUGAACGAGAGAGAGCGAGAGAGAGAGAGAGCGAGAGAGAGAGAGGGGGGAAACAGAGUGUGUGGAAGACAGAGGGUUAGAGAGAAAGAGUGAGAGGAAGGGGGAGACAGAGAGGAAAGAGAGGGGCAAAGAAUAGAAAGAGCAUUGUGUGGCUGCUGAGAAAGAACCCAUGUCUGCACAAAGAGAGAUGAAAGAGAAGAACCCCUGGCCUACGCCUGUGACCAUCAUCAUCAUUGUGAUUGGUGUCAUAGCGAUUGUUGCCCUGGUGACGGUGGCGGUUUUGCAGAACAAACCUGUUCCCCAAAAGUACAAGUAUGGGAUUGUGCUGGACGCUGGAUCUUCCCACACAGCUCUUUAUAUUUAUCAGUGGCCAGCAGAGAAGGAUAACAACACUGGCAGAGUUGAACAGACACACUCCUGCAAAGUCAAAGGUAAAGGUAUUUCCAGCUAUGCGUCUGAACCAUGGAAAGCAGGAGAGUCUCUGAAAGAGUGCAUGGGCGAGGCUGAGGAGACUGUCCCCAAAGAAAGAGCUCAUGAGACCCCACUCUAUCUGGGAGCCACAGCAGGAAUGAGGCUGCUGGAUAUUGUGAAUAGCUCAGCAUCAAGGAACGUAUUUCAGGCUGUGGAGAAAGCCCUGCGAAACUCCCCCUUCUCCUAUCAGGGAGCAAGAAUCCUCAGUGGGCAGGAAGAGGGUGCCUUUGGGUGGGUCACAGUCAACUACUUGGAUGAUCGUCUCAAACAGGGCUUGAAAACAACAGGCGCUCUUGACCUUGGCGGGGCGUCUACUCAAAUUAGCUUUAUAUCCGAUAAUUUUGACGGCUCAGAGUCACCCAUCAACUCUGUCAACUUCCGACUCUAUGGAAAUGAUUAUAACCUGUAUACUCACAGCUUCCUGUGCUACGGAAAAGACCAAGCGUUAAAAAUGGUGGUGGCAAAUCACACUCAGUCAGGUGCAACAACAGUAUUGGAUCCUUGUUUCCACUCAGGCUACAAUGAGACAAAGAACUACUCCGUCCUUUAUGACAGCCCCUGUGUGUCAGGCAGGAAACCUCAGAAAGUUCCAGAAAAAUUUUAUCACAUUGGGAAAGGAAACUUCCAAGAAUGCCAAGAAGUUGUCAAAAGUGUAUUUAACUUUACUUCCUGCAAAUACAGCCGAUGCUCUUUCAAUGGGGUCUUCCAGCCUCUUUUGCAGGGGCCAUUCGGGGCGUUCUCUGCUUACUACUUUGUGAUGAACUUCCUCAAUUUGACGGAUACAUCCAUGCCCCUUGAAACUGUGAAGGAAAAGCUAAGCCAGUACUGUGCUACCUCUUGGGAUAAGAUAAAGAAGCAGCAUCCUAGAGUAAACGUAAAGUAUCUGGCUGAGUACUGCUUCUCGGGCACCUACAUCCUCACCCUGUUGACAGAAGGAUAUAAUUUCACUGCAGAGACUUACUCAAACAUAAAAUUCAUCAAGAAGAUAAAAGGCAGUGAUGCAGGCUGGACUCUGGGUUACAUGUUGAAUCUCACCAACAUGAUCCCAGCUGAGGCUCCUGACUCACCUCCUCUCCCCCAUGCCGGCUACGUCUCCGUAGUAACCAUCAUGACAAUACUACUCAUUGGCCUCCUCUUACUUCUCGCCCUCCGCAUAUUCUGGCCCCGUUGCUCCAAGAAAACACAAAUUGUAUAAACACUCUGAAACGUUUGUAUGCAUGUACAGUUAUGUGCAAAAAUCUCGAGUCACUCCUCAUCUAUUUAUAUUUUCCUUUCAAGGAGCCACAUGUACUUGUAGUCUAAGCAGCGAGAGGUGAACCGUCUUCAAGAAACUUAAAGAAGUCCAGGCUCUUUUCUUUCCAAGCUCCAUAGACAACCAUAACCUCGAUGACUGAGAACCUACACAAACAAGUAUUAUUUUUAAGCUCUCUUGAGCAAUAGUUCUCUAGACUUCCUGAAGGUCUUUCACAAUUCUUCUUUAGACAUUGGCUGCUUUUUCACUUAUUUUCAGUUCAGUCUUUGUACCUCGCCAUUUAAGAGGAUUUUUUUUCUUAAGCCACUUAACGCUGACCUAUGAGUCAUUCAAGUAUAAAAGAAGACACCUAGCUCAAGGGAUGAACUAGUGUUCUGUCAACACAAAACAGACACACAAAGCAAUGAACUCAUUUUAAAUAGUAUCUUUAAGCACUCUGUUAUUAACAGCUGUUGCAAAAACGUAUCAUGUGUUUACAUUUCUUUCAUUGAAUUCGUGAAAAAUGCCAACGAUAACACAAUUUAACAGGCACAAAAUGUCUUUUUCACCAACAAAGAGCUAUUAUUUUUUUAAACUUAAUAUCUCAGCAUCAUGUGCAAUGUGUCCUUAAAUAAAUUGAGGAAACUGGACAAGGAAGAACUGGCAGGCCUGAAAAACUAUCUACAGGAGAUGAAAGGUAUCUUUAAGUGAUUUCCUUAAGCAAUAGGAAAGAAUCCAGCAAAGACUUGACAGAUAACUGGAGAAAUGCAUCUGGCUCUGAUUCUGUCAGAAUCUUAUCCACCAUGCAACAUCGUCUGGAACAAACGAUUGGCAGGGAAUUCAUUUUUAGCGUGAUAAUGAUCCCAAACAUACUGCUUAGACAGUAAAAGCAUACCUGGAUAGAAAAAUACACAAUGGGACACUAUCAGUCAUGGAUUCACCUCCCCAGAGCCCAGAUUUCAACAUUACUGAAGCAGUGUGAGAUCAUCUUGCAAGAGAACAGAACAAAAGGCAGCCAACAUCCAAAGAAGAGCUUUGAAUGUCCUUCAAGAAGUUUGGACAACUACUUUCUACUCAAAAAUUACAAGAAAUAUUGCCCAAGAGAGAAAAGGCUGUGUUAAAGAAUAAAAGUAGUCAAAUAUCAACCUUCAAAUUUGUUGCAUUUGUAAAAACCGUUUUUUUGCUUGUGUUUCAUUGUGUUUCCAUGUAUAUUUGUAUGUUUCAUUAAAUCACUACCCCAUCCCCCAUUUUCCAAGCAAGAAAUAAAGACAUGAAGGGUGGCUUAAGACUUUUGCACUGCACUGUGAGUAUGUGUGAGUGGCAAAUGAGAUAGAGGACAUUUGCAAAUGUUUGUGUUUGUGUUGACUGUUUUACUAGGUAGUGGGGAGGUUAAAGGUCAUACGGAUUCAAGGAUAACAGUGUCUCCCACAAAGGAGUAAGUUGUGCAUCCCUGCUUGAAGGACAUUUCCUGUAUAAGAGUGUAUGUGUGUGUGCGUGUGUAUGUUUGAGUUUGAAUGUGUGACACCUGAAAGUGUGCUUGUACCCACGUCGGUCUGCAUGUAAGUGUCUUAAGUAAUGAAUAUGUGAAUGUGAAGAUACUACUGUAUAAAUAAAAUAACUAAAGUUUAUUAAAAAAAAAUCAGAUUGGCACUUUUACACUUGUUAAAAACAUAAUCACUCGUACUCUUUAAUGUUUCAUGAUGCAUUUACAUUUUAUCCCAAAAAACAAAUGAUUUUUGAUUAAAAACAACAACAAACCAA